AUGGUAGUGCAGAAUGUGUCAUAUGCUGAGGCAGUGAGGAAAGUAGAGAAUGGAGGGCAAAUUGUAAGGGAGCCUGAGAGGAUCCAUAAGUGUUCCAAAGGAGAAGUGAGGGACACGCUCAAUAACCUGGUCCUCUUCGGCAAAGUCACCUACGACAAACUGCUCAAGGAAGUGCCCAACUACAAACUCAUCACCCCAACUAUUGAAUCUGAAAGGCUAAAGGUCAGAGCCUGUCUCGCCAGGGUAGCCAUCCAGGAACUGCUGUCUAAAGGUAUGAUCAAGCUGGUGUCCAAGCACAGAGCACAGGUGAUCUACACAAGGGGCACUGAGGAGGGUGAAGACGCAGAAAAGGAGAAGGAAGCGCUACACAGCUGGGUCAAAUGA